ACAGGUCUGGGCAACAUGCAUGCCCAGAGGCAGUUGGCUAUAGCCACAGUGAGAGCAGAAGUCAGACGACAUGAGGUGGCCAAGCAGGCUCUAAGCCACCUCAGGAAGCUGGCAGAAAGAGUGGGUGACCCUGAUCUUCGGGACAGCAUCCAGGCCUCACUGAACAACAUACGAGAGGCAGUGGUCAAUAGCCAGGAAUGGACUUUGAGCCGCUCCAUUCCUGAACUGCGCCUGGGUGUACUGGGUGAUGCCAGGAGUGGAAAGUCAUCGCUCAUCCACCGAUUCCUGACUGGUUCUUACCAGGUGCUGGAGAAGACUGAGAGUGAGCAGUACAAGAAAGAGAUGUUGGUGGAUGGACAGACUCAUCUGGUGCUGAUUCGAGAGGAAGCUGGGGCACCUGAUGCCAAGUUCUCAGGCUGGGCAGACGCCGUGAUCUUCGUCUUCAGCCUGGAGGAUGAGAACAGUUUCCAAGCUGUGAGCCGUCUUCACGGGCAGCUGAGCUCCCUUCGGGGGGAGGGACGAGGAGGCCUGGCCCUGGCACUGGUGGGGACACAAGACAGGAUCAGUGCUUCCUCUCCUCGGGUGGUUGGUGAUGCUCGUGCCAGGGCUCUGUGUGCAGAAAUGAAACGCUGCAGCUACUAUGAGACUUGUGCAACCUAUGGGCUCAAUGUGGAUCGGGUCUUCCAGGAGGUGGCCCAGAAGGUGGUGACCUUGCGCAAACAGCAACAGCUUCUGGCUGCCUGCAAGUCCCUGCCCAGCUCCCCAAGUCACUCAGCUGCUUCCACCCCUGUAGCUGGGCAGGCUAGUAAUGGAGGCCACACUAGCGACUACUCUUCCUCUCUACCAUCCUCACCCAAUGUUGGUCAUCGGGAGCUUCGAGCUGAGGCAGCUGCAGUGGCUGGAUUGAGCACUCCAGGAUCCUUGCACCGGGCAGCUAAGCGCAGGACCAGUCUUUUUGCGAAUCGUCGCGGUAGUGACUCUGAAAAGAGGAGUUUGGACAGUCGGGGAGAGACAACCGGAAGUGGGCGAGCCAUCCCUAUCAAACAAAGCUUCCUACUAAAGCGAAGUGGCAAUUCCUUGAACAAAGAAUGGAAGAAGAAAUAUGUGACUCUGUCCAGUAAUGGCUUCCUACUCUACCACCCCAGCAUUAAUGAUUAUAUCCACAGUACCCAUGGCAAGGAGAUGGACUUGCUACGAACAACAGUCAAAGUCCCAGGCAAGCGGCCUCCAAGGGCCAUAUCUGCUUUUGGUCCCUCAGCCAGCAUCAACGGGCUGGUCAAGGACAUGAGCACUGUGCAGAUGGGUGAAGGCCCUGAAGCCACAACUCCCAUGCCCAGCCCCAGCCCCAGCCCCAGUUCCCUGCAGCCACCACCAGACCAGAGCACCAGGCACCUGCUGAAACCAGAUCGGAAUUUGGCCCGAGCCCUCAGCACUGACUGUACCCCAUCUGGAGACCUGAGCCCCCUGAGUCGGGAACCCCCUCCUUCUCCCAUGGUGAAGAAACAGAGAAGAAAAAAACUGACAACACCAUCCAAGACCGAAGGCUCGGCUGUGCAGGCUGAAGAGGAAAACUUUGAGUUCCUGAUCGUAUCCAGCACUGGUCAGACGUGGCACUUUGAGGCAGCCAGCUUUGAGGAGAGGGACUCCUGGGUCCAGGCCAUCGAGAGUCAGAUUUUAGCCAGUCUGCAGUGCUGUGAGAGCAGCAAGGUCAAGCUGCGCACAGACAGCCAAAGUGAAGCCGUGGCCAUCCAGGCGAUCCGGAAUGCCAAAGGAAACUCUAUCUGCGUCGACUGCGGGGCCCCCAACCCCACGUGGGCCAGCUUGAACCUGGGCGCACUCAUCUGUAUCGAGUGUUCUGGUAUCCACCGGAACCUGGGCACACACCUGUCUCGCGUACGUUCGCUCGACUUGGAUGACUGGCCGCGGGAGCUGACCCUGGUGCUGACGGCUAUUGGCAACGACACGGCCAACAGCGUGUGGGAAAGCGACACUAGGGGCCGCGCCAAACCCACACGGGACUCUUCGCGGGAGGAGCGUGAGUCAUGGAUUCGCGCCAAAUAUGAGCAGCUGCUGUUCUUGGCGCCGCUGGGCACGACCGAGGAGCCGCUGGGCCGCCAGCUGUGGGCCGCUGUGCAGGCCCAGGAUGUGGCCAAUGUUCUCCUGCUUCUGGCCCAUGCGCGACACGGGCCGCUCGACACCAGCGUAGAGGACCCGCAGCUCCGUUCCCCACUUCACCUGGCGGCAGAGCUCGCCCACGUCGUCAUCACGCAACUGCUACUGUGGUAUGGCGCGGACGUGGCGGCCCGCGACGCGCAGGGCCGCACGGCGCUAUUCUACGCCCGUCAGGCUGGAAGCCAGCUGUGUGCCGACAUCCUUCUGCAGCACGGGUGUCCAGGCGAGGGAGGCAGCACAGCCACCACGCCCAGCGCGGCCACCACGCCCAGCAUUACUGCCACGCCCAGCCCCCGCCGCCGGAGCAGCGCAGCCAGCGUGGGCCGUGCGGACGCCCCGCUCGCGCUGGUAUAGUUGCCCAACGGCGGGAGAGACACCCCUACCCCCUUGCGGGCCGGGCACGAACACACCGGGUGGACAGCUGGACAGAUGCACGCACUCACCUCUCCAAUCCGCACCCCGCCCCACGGGAGCACUUCCUACCCUCACGAGGGCACAGCCCCCACGCCUCCCAGAAGACACAAACUCACCUCCCUCUCCCCAAUGAGGCAUGGAGACACCCCAGCUCAACACGCUCCCUCUCCACUGUUUCCAC